CUUGCGGACGGAGCGUUCGAUCACCGCACGAGUUUUGUGAAAAGCAAAAAAAGGAUUAUUCCGGGGCAGGUUUUGCAAAUGUCUGCCGUUUUCGGCACCAUUUGCGGUGAACGUUCUUGGAAACUCGCGAUUGGGCAAGGAAAUAGAGUACGUCCUUUGGUCUGAAGAAGAUAGUUCUGCGGCCACAGCGACGUUGAGUGUGUUUGUGCAAGUGGACUGAUUGUACACGCUUGUGUGUCACUGUGGCAUGCAUCAGCGCCGAGACGGCCAGAAGCAGCAGCAGCAGCAGUAGCUAGAGAAUCAUCUUCAAUCGAAAUUGGAAACCAAUAGCUAAUCGAAAAAGUGUCACGGUGCCGUUGUGUGGCUGAGUCUGCUGCGUGUGUGUGUGUUUGUGUGUGCGUGUCUGGUCCGUCGCAUUGACGACGAAAUCCCUCACUCAUCGCCAGCUACACGCAAGCAGGAGCCAGAGGACGGCACGUCGUGCUCGUCUGCCGAUGAGUCGGCAGUCAAACGACGAGGAGAAAGGACGACAAGCGAAGGAAGGAAGAGGUGCUGUGUGAAUGCAGGAACAGCCAUAGACAGCCGGACCGCAGUGCGCCGCUUCGCGUGAAAGUACAGCACCGGAACACAUCGGCAGCAUCAUCUGCUGCCUGCACUGUGCGUUGCGUCGAAACGAGCGCAACAAGAUGUCAGCGCUUCACUUCGUAGUACAUCCACUCCCGGGCACAGAGGAUCAGCUCAACGAUAGAAUACGGGAGGUAGCAGAUAAAAUCAACAAAUAUGGCGUACAGACGCUACCGGGGCUGCAGUCGCUUAAAGUGCCUGUCAAGCAGAUCGUUAUCGGACCCGCCCAUCUAGGAUUGCUGCUCGAGGAUGGCCGUGCUUUUCGCGUGGCUUUCUCCAUCAUCCCGGAGCGGCUAGAUCUCAGCAAACAGGAUGCUUCGAAGGCCGGUGUUGGUGGUACCGGCGGUGCCGGCGGUAGUAAUGGUGGUGCAGGAAGUGGCAGCGGAGGAGGAGGUGGUGGCGGUGGCAGUGGUGGCGGAAAUCCUUCCGGUGGGGGUGGCGGCCAGGCGAACAACAACUCGAAAAGUACCCCAACAUCGCGCCAAUGCCGCUCGCGAGCUAGAAUCAUGCGCACCAGCAGCUCAGUGCGGGGAGGAGGCAGCAGUUCCGGCUCGGGAUCACGCAGUACGGGCGUGAUCAUGGGUACUGGAUCAUCUGGCAGUCGAUCGAUCGUCUCCGUACCGCCGCAAUCGGUACCAGAAGAGCUAGUCGCGCAGGCACAGGUGGUGCUACAGGGCAAGAGCCGUAAUCUGAUCAUCCGAGAACUGCAGCGCACCAACCUCGACGUGAAUCUAGCGGUCAACAAUCUGCUUUCGCGCGACGAUGAAGGUGGGGACGAUACUGAAGAGGGCAGUGAUAACUAUGUGGCUGAGGAUUUGAUUUCGCUGCUUGACGGUGGUUUCCACCCGGACAACAGUGUUAUCAUCGAUGCGGAAGCAAUGUUCUCCGAGGACGUGUUUGGCUUCUCCAACAUUAGGAAUCUUAUGCUCUACAGCCGAGCACGCAGUGAACGCAAUCAGAACAAUUCAUCAUCUGCUAGCGGCGGAGUGGCUGGUGGCAGUGGUGGUACCGGAGGUAGUGGUUCCGCAGGAGGUAACGGUAAUGAUGGUCCACCUAUCGGAAGCCGAGCUAGUGGUGGUGUGCCAGGUGGUGGUAGUUCUUCGGCAGUCGUCCUAGGAACAGCACAAUCGGGUGGACCGUCCGGAGGAGGCGCUGGAGGCGGCUCAUCUGGAAGUGCAGGAGGAGCCGGUGGUUCUGGUGCUUCCAGCGCAGGAGGGCUAAGCAGUGCCGAACGGGAAGGCUUUGGACGUUGGCGUGAUCGGCAGUACUUUGGUCCACGUCGCUGGCUACAGGGUGGACGAGAGGAUGUCUGGGAGAAGGAGAUUGGAGAUUCCAAGAAGAAAGACUAUUCAUCCGGCUAUCCGCUGUGGGUGUCGGAAGAGAUGGAGCCAUGGCAGGACCGAGAUCUGUCCUUCGUGCGCUUCGCUGCUAUCGCUUCACUCUACUCGGAGUUCAUCGGUGUUACGACGAAGGGUGAGCUGCAUCAAUGGCGUUGGAGCGAUGCCGAGCCAUACAGUCGUAGCAACGAUGCAGCAUUACCGGCAAUCAUACACCAUCCUAAGACGCUGGCGCUGAAUCUGCAACACGAGAAAGUGACGCAUAUCUCCGCCUCGCUCAUUCGCUGCUCGGUGGCGACCGAGAGCGGCCGCAUAGCAACCUGGAUGGAUGAGUUGCUUGGUUACGCGGGUAACAAGCUGGAGCAUGCGGCCACCAACUAUCCUGAGUUUGCGCUCGAUCGCAUCAUCUCGUUGCACACCUGCACGCUGUACACGGUCGCGCGCACCGAAAGCGGCGAGCUUUUCUGGUGGGGCGUGUUACCGUUUGGCCAGCGCAAGCGGCUCUGGGAUCGGUACAAGGCGAAGGCAAAGAAGCCCGUUCGCCCAAGUGUCAAUUCGCCCGAGGUGACGGUUGGUGCACAGGUGUGCAUGAAGAGUUGCCCGAUGUAUCAGCACGGUGCGAUCGGCUUUACGAUCUCGAACGGUGUACCGAAAGUGGGACAACUGAUGAAUGCCGCCUGGGAUCUGACGAGCGUUUGCCGGUUUAAGCUGCUCUCGAUGUCGACCCUUUCGCAGCAGCUAGCCGCAAGUACGGGUCUGACAGGAGCAGGAGGAAGCAGCAGUAGCUCAGGUGGCGUAUGUGGAACCGGUGGUAUCGGCAUUGGUCUCAACUCGGCGCUCAGUGGAGCUGGAGUGUCUGGCACCGGCAUGACUCUCGGCGUUCUGGGUGGCAGUGGAAGUGGUGGAAGUAGCAGUGGUGCUGGUGUUUCUGGUAUAAGCGGUACCAUCAGUGGUCUGCUCCUAGAUAAAGACUCCAAAGCAGUUGGCUCAUCGAGCAGUGUUGCCGGUGGAGUAGGAUGUGGAAGUGGUGGCAUCGGCGCUGGAGGCAGUGCUUCUGGAUCUUCGGGUAGUUCCUCCUCGAAACAGGGCGGUGCCGGUAAUAAGGAAUCUGCUGAUCGGCUCGAUAUGCCGCCGCCUCCUUCACCGGCCUCGAGCACUUGCAGCGAUACGGGCAGCGUCUCGAACUCUCACAAACGUCCCAAGCGUAUGGCUCCGAAAGAGGAACCGGACUCGAAGAAGGAUGAAGAACAGUGGCUAUUGAAGGAAGUGAUUUUCGUCGAAGACGUACGAUCCGUUCCGAUAGGUCGUGUUGUCAAGGUGGAUGGAGAAUAUGCCGCGGUCAAGUUCCCACCACCACCUGGCACGGUGUCAUCGACUUCGUGCUCCAACAGCAAUGGAGGUAGCAAUAGCAAGGAUAAGUUCGACGACAGCAUCGAAGCGUGGCAAGACUGUAGGUUGGUGCGUAAGGACGAGCUACAGGUGAUCAAGGCGGCCACAACGCCCCGAGUUCCGGAUUGCUUCCAGAAGAUACCGCGCCGCAUCGUGCUCAACCCGACACCACCAACUACCGGCACUGAGGCGACUGGUAGCGGCAGCAACAACGGAGGCGGCGGCAAUGUGACCUCGCAAAUGCUGACAAUCGCUGUCGACUCGAAGGGCAUACAUGCGAUCAUGAAAACGGGUAACCGGGUGCACUAUUCACUGUUCAAUCUGAACACCGGACGCCAGGAGCAGGACAGCGCAUUUCCGACGGACAUCGGUUCGUUCCUGGGUGCCUCACCGAUGGAUGUAUCGCUUACUUGUGCCACCGGCGAUUGUACCGAUUCGGUACUGUUACUGCGCGACGGCAACCACACCCUGUACCCACUGGCCAAAGAUUGUGUCGAUGCCAUUCGUGAUCCGAGCUGGUUGGAUCUUCCGCCGAUCAAGUGCAUCGCAGCAGCCUCGCUCACCCUGCCUUCGGUGGGUAUAAAUCUGAAAUCGCAGGUCGCACUUGUCGUCCUAGCGCCCGAGCAGCAGCAACUGAUGUCGAAGAUAUUGCGCUGCGAUGUCGAAGGUGUGCGACAGUUACUGGCCCACCUGGCCGAGAGCAGCGAGCAUAGCGGUAGUAGAGGUCAGCUGUUGGCAAUACUGGACGAACGCUCGGACGGUAGUCGUAACAUUAUGCACGCUUGCAUCAGCAUGUGUGCUCCUAGCUCGAACCGAGAAAUUGAUUUCCAAACCUCAACAGCCACUGGUGCAGGUGUUGCAAACAUCGGCACUGGAGCGACUAGCGGUGCCGGAGCAUCAACAUCGAAUGGUAGUUCAACAUCGAGCGGUGGCGCUAGUUUGGACACGAUUAACGUGAUCACGAACACGAUGAUGGGCAAUAGGCCGGUAAGCAUUCGUGAAAUUAUGCGUCGCAACGUCGCGAAUCGUGAAAUGGUGGUCGAUGGAAGCGGUUCUGGAGGAAGCUCCAAUGCCUCCCCAGCAGCGGCGUUAGCCGUGGUUCAGGAUGAUAAUGGAUCAGCAGGAGGUGCCGGUGGAGGCAGCACUAGCUCAAUGCCGCUCGUAUACUGGUCACAAGAGUACGAUCUUACGAUCGGGGAUGAGGAUAGUCUCGGUGGAGCUUUGAAUAGCAAUCAAAUGGGUGGUGGAUUAGUAGGAAGCUCUGGACACUCACAACAACAAACCCAGCAGCAGCAGCAGCAACAGCAACAACAGCAGCAGCACGUCAGUGGGCAUCAUCACCACACGGUCACCACUAAUUCAACACCUUCAGUUCAUCUGGCAUCAUCAUCCUCCAUGUGCAAACCACCAUCGAUGACUCCAACCAUUACUGAAACCUACGUUGCUGACGCAAACGAGAGACGUACGAAUGCACUGGCGAUUGUGCAGCUGCUAUCCGAUAGUCCGGUGCUUCAGCCGCACCUUCGAGCACUACUGAGCGCCAAGGAUGCUCAGGGCCAAACACCCUUCAUGCUGGCCGUUACAUGUCGUGCGUACCAAGCCGGUAUUACCGUGUUCGGUGCCAUACAACGGCUUGCGAAUGGUGAUGCA